AUGAAGGACAACAUGAGUGAGCAGGAGGCAGCGCAGGGGAGGAGCGGGGACGGCGGAGCAGCCGUGCCUCAGCUCGCGGCGCCAGGCAAGUUUGAUUUCACUAAAGUCACCGAGUGGCCAAGAUGGCUGAAGCGGUUCGAGCGCUACAGGAUCGCUUCGGGGCUGGACAAGCAGUCUCAAGAGUUCCAGGUGAACAGCUGCUGGUGA